AUGAGCAGCGAUGCCGCUGCGACCUCGGAGGCGGAGGGAGACAUGCUGCGAUCUACUGGGCGUCGGCUCGUGUACGGCUUCCUGCACGACAGUCACUGCCAUCUACGCAGGAUGUCGCCGGGUGCUCGAGCGGCGUCCGUGUCAAACCCUAUUGCUGGUGUCGAUUGUGCAUGCAUAAAAUGCGACGACGCGCGGAGCAGCGUGACAGGUUUGGUGGUUUGCGGCACUCACCCUUCCAUCGACUGGGACGCUGUUGCACAGGUGUCCACGAUGCAUGCGGCGACCUUGAUAGGGUUUGGUGUACACCCCUGGUUUGUGCCAAACAGAGUUGGCGAUGAGAGCCCGGCUUCUUCGAUUUUCCAGGAAUACUCGUCAGGUGAGGCUUGCUGCUACCGCAGCCGCAGCAGCGCUGAAGCAAACGAAAAUCUCGCCGCGUCGGGCGCAGCCGCCCAAUCGCUCUCCGCUAUUCUCCGUCUCCUGGAGGCGCGCCUGCAGCAGCACCCCUUAGCGAUUGUUGCAGAGAUCGGCCUGGACAAGGUGCGUGGGCCACCCGAGUCUGUCCAAGUGGAAGCCUUUGCCGCCCAACUGCGUCUCGCGGCGGCUUACCGUCGCCCAGUGUCCGUUCACUGCGUUCGCCAUUACGGGCGUUUGCUGCAGGUGCUGCGAGACUUGCCGGCAGAGCACACUCCACCCGCCAUCAUCCUUCACGCUUUCACCGGCUCGCUGGAGGUGGCGAAGUCGCUGCUGUCGCUCAAGAGCAAAAGGCGAACGCCAGCAGCAGACGGCUCAGUCACCCCUGCUCAAGAUGCGGCGGCGACGGCGGACAGCGGCACAGGAGCGCAAAGGAAGACAAAGCGGGCCGGCACCACCUCCGACACGGUGCGAAUCAAAGACCUCAUCUUCUUCGGGGUCGGCGUAUCAACCAGCUUCACUGUAAAGAACUUUUCGACGCAGACGCUGCCGUUUCUGGUCGAUGCGCGGCGUGUGCUGCUCGAGACGGACGAGCAUUACAGUGGCAUUGAGGCCCCGACCGCCGCUUCUGCGGGUGAGUUCCCUGCAGAGGUGGAGACACAGUCGAGUGUUCGCGGCGGGUGUCGCGCUUGCUUGUGGGUCGACCCUCAGGAGCAUGUGGCAAAACUAACGGGCGUGAUGGAGCGCAUUCACGCAAGCAUGUUGCAGAACAGCGAUUUUGUCCAGAAGGCAGAGGCCUCGAGCAUGUCGGUAGAGGCGGUUCUUCAGGACACGUUGGUGCACGCCUACACGGCGGCAUUCCGCUCGGUGUCAGAGAAGACGGGCACGUCCUGA